AAAACAGCGAAAAAUUGAAGUCUACUCUCGUCGUCGUCUUCCACUAAUUUUGUAGGUUUGGUCUAAAGAGAAGACUUUUGAAAGCAAAAUUACAUUUUACAUUUGCAGACUCUUGUCUGCUCCAAUAACCCUUUCCUCACGGUAUUGCUCCCCAAAACCGCGUGUACUGCUUUUGACUCCCAAAAUCUCAUCUUUUUGGAAUCUGGGUUCUUCAAUUUUGAGGUUCUUGAAAGGUCUUGGCUUUUUAUAUAAAAUCAGACAUCUCUCAUGGCUAAGUUCUGUUGCUUCGGUUCUUCAGACUACGAUCUUGUAGUUGGAAGAGCGUCAACUAGUUCUGGAAAGGGAAGAAACAGUCAAGGAGAGAUCAAAUUUGGUUACAGUUUAGUGAAAGGGAAAGCUAAUCAUCCAAUGGAAGAUUACCAUGUGUCCAAAUUCAUGAAAGUAGAUGGUAGCGAGCUUGGUUUGUUUGCAAUCUAUGAUGGUCAUUUGGGUGAACGUGUUCCUGCUUAUCUACAAAAGCAUUUGUUCUCCAAUAUUCUUAAAGAGGAGCAGUUUAGGUAUGAUCCUCAUAGUUCAAUAGUUGCUGCUUAUGAGAAGACAGACCAAGCCAUUCUGUCGCAUACUUCUGAUUUAGGCCGUGGUGGAUCAACGGCUGUAACCGCUAUUUUAAUGAAUGGGAGACAUUUGUGGGUGGCUAAUGUGGGUGAUUCCCGGGCGGUUUUGUCUCGAGGAGGUCAGGCGAUACAGAUGACUAUUGAUCAUGAGCCGCAUACUGAGAGGUUGAGCAUUGAGGACAGAGGAGGCUUUGUAUCGAAUAUGCCAGGAGAUGUCCCUCGGGUUAACGGGCAGCUAGCGGUUUCUCGCGCUUUUGGGGACAAAAGCCUCAAAACACAUCUACGGUCAGAUCCAGACGUUAAAGAUUCAUCUAUAGAUGAUCACACAGAUGUUCUUGUUCUUGCUAGCGACGGUCUAUGGAAGGUAAUGGCUAACCAAGAAGCGAUUGAUAUCGCGAGAAGAAUAAAAGAUCCAUUGAAAGCAGCAAAAGAACUAACAACCGAAGCGUUGCGAAGAGAGAGUAAAGAUGAUAUAUCUUGCAUCGUCGUCAGGUUAAGGUGAUGAAACAUCUUUUGAAACCCACCAAGAAAACGAAAUUUAUAAGUUUGAUUUUGAAUAGUAUAGUUAGAAGAUAUUUUUUUUACCAAUGGUUGAUUGGUUUUUUUUGCAAUGUUUGGUAAUUUGAUUGGAUUUGAUUUGUGGUUUGUGUAAGUGGGAAUGAAUCAUAUGAGAUUUGGUUGGUGUAUAAAAAACAACUUAUCUUCUGCAUUGACAUCAGAAGAUGACUCAAGUUGGUUGAGAGUGUAUAUAGAAGCUUUGUGUGGUUCUACUUCUGAUGAUGUUCUAUAACAGUUCUCUUUUGUCAUUUUUUUAA